GGCACAAAGUUCACACUGCACGCAAGUUCUAACACAUUUGAGAAGCGAUUAGUGAGUGCACACUGGACUGGUUUUAGUGGAAACAUGUUUGCAUCACCCGUGACUGCCAUCACCUUACUGUGUUUCUGUUUGCUUCAUCCUACUUUGGGGCAGGACUGUCCAAGCAGGCAAGAAAUUCAAGGGUCCUUGAAGCAGGUCCAGAAGCUUCUGUCAGCCCAUGAAGCCUCCUACAUGCAGAGUCUGCGCAACCUAAAGAAGAAAAUAAAUUUACUGCUGAGCAGUGCUGCAAGGCAGAACACAAAAGCCAUCAACAGUACCUGCCCAAAACUGGAGUCCCUCAUUAAUGGGAGGAAACUUGGCAAAUCGCAGAGCAUUGGCCAUGAGGUUCACUUCCUGUGUGACCCUGGUUAUGAACUCGUGGGAUCAGAGAGCAGGGUUUGUCAGGAAAGUCUGACCUGGAGUGGCCAGCAACCAACCUGCCGAGACAUCAAUGAGUGUGCAUUCUCCCCCUGUCUGAAUGGUGGGACAUGUGUUGAUGAGGUGAACCAGUUUUCCUGUGUCUGUGCCAAAGGCUGGGCUGGAGUUACCUGUCAAAGCCCUGUGCCAACAUUCUUUGUCACCAUGACAAACACCUCUGCCGCCACCUCCCCAUCCACAGCUGCUGCUGCAUCCACUUUACCAGCUGCCACCACCGGGCCUCAUGUUCGUCCAUCACAGUGCAAUAUAGUGCAGGGGACCACCCACUGCACCUGUGAGCCAGGAUACACCAUCUCUGGCAGAGACAGCUACACCUGCACUGAUAUUGAUGAAUGUGAGCUGUUUCAUAACGGGCAGGCUGGGAGGUUGUGUUUACACGCUUGUGUUAACACCCCUGGAGGCUAUCGCUGUUCCUGUCCUGCAGGAUACAACGUGACCCGUGACGGACGCAGUUGCAAAGAUAUUGAUGAGUGUGCCACGAGGCAAAACAACUGCACGAAGGACCAGAUGUGCAUUAAUACAUAUGGUGGUUUCCAGUGUGUUCGUGUGGACUGCCCCAAAAUUCCUAAUGCUACAUAUGUCAAAACGUCACCUAUGCGCUGUGAACGUAACCCCUGCCCUGUGGACAACAAGGCGUGCUCUCAGGCCCCAAACUCCUUCUCCUACCAUUACUUGGCUGUUGUUUCCAACCUGUCAGCUCCCCGCGUCAUGUUCAGAGUGUCAGCACUGCGCCCGAUAGGUGACACCCUUCGUUUCUCCCUGCUAGGCGGAAGGCCAGUUCGCCGCCACUUCACAGUGCAGCGCUCAGACCGCCUCACGGGCGAGCUGAUGCUGGUGAGCCCUGUGCAGGGCCCUGCCACUCUGGAGGCAGAGGUGGAGAUGAGUGAGCUGGAGAGGCGAGUGCAGCUGGGGAAAUACAUCACCAAAGUCACUAUGUUUGUUUCCCAGUAUGAAUUCUAAGAAAAAUCUAUUUAUUGUGCAAAAAAAUAGAAAUGCAUGUAGAAAAUUGGUACAUGUAGCAAAGAGUAACAGCACUUGACUUGAGGAUACUUGCAAUAAGCUGGAAAGACUAAAGAAUGACAGCCCGUCCUGAAAUAAAGCAUUAUUUUUGUAAUAGUGCCUUAAAAUUCAUAUGCACGUAAUCAUUAUGCCUACGGAUGUUUUGGUUUAUAAUUAUGUUUUAUUGAUUCUA